AUGUCUCUGGGGCGACUCCUCCGACGUGCCUCUUCAAAAGCUUCCGACCUCCUGACCUUGAAUUCUGGUGGCAGUAGCAGCUCAGCUUCCAUACUUGAUGGGGAGAUUAUCUACUCGAAGAACAAUGUCUGUGUCCACCCACCUGAGCUGCUUCAAGGCAUCGGGGAGCAUCAUCCAGGCUAUCUGUGUUUGUACAUGGAGAAAGAUGAGCUACUGGGAACCACACUUAUCCUUGCCUGGGUGCCAAACUCCCGCAUUCAGAGGCAGGACGAGGAAGCCCUGCGCUACAUCACUCCCGAGAGCUCCCCUGUCCGCAAAGCUCCCCGCAAACGCGGUCGCCACUCUCAGGGUUUCGGCAUCGUCCGGCCAGCUUCCCCCACCGAGCAGAGAGGAGCAGUGGUCCUGAAGGGAGAAGACAUCUUGACUCUGUCUCAGCUUGUAAAAGAUGUGGCAUACAUCAGCUCCCCUUCUUCGGAAGGGGAGAAGCUGUCGCAGUGCUGCCCCGCGGCCGACGGCAGCUGCCGGUCCCCCCAGCCUGCCCGCAGUGACUCAGGGAUCCUAUCGGCAAUCAGCUCUCAGGAGGAGCAGAACAGGUCGGAGCUGUCGGUGGAGGGGAUGGAGGAAAGUCUGGACUGCAGGCCAGAGCCAGGGGAGGAGGAGGGCUCCUUGGAGCUGUCUGCUGAUGACGUGAGCAGGGACAGUACUUUUGACUCUGAUUCUGAUGCCUUCUUUUCCCCCUUCUGCCUCUCUCCCAUUGGUGAAGGCCUCAGGAAAAGCAGUAGUUCUGUGUUUCUGGAUAAUGAGAGCAGCUCUGCCUCCAGCCUUGACACCAGUGCCCAGUUCCAGGAGAAUAAUGGGCAAACACAGGGCACCAGAUGGGAUGAGCAGCAGAAGGUCUUUGCCCUGGAGCAGGUCUGUGGUGUCUUUAGAGUGGACCUGGGACAAAUGCGAUCCCUUCGCCUCUUCUUCAGUGAUGAGGCAUGUACCUGUGGACAGCUGGUUGUUGCAAGCAGGGAGAGCCAGUACAAGAUCUUCCAUUUUCACCACGGUGGCCUGGAUAAACUGUCUGAGGUGUUUCAGCAAUGGAAGUACUGCACAGAGACCCAUCUCAAGGACCAGCAGCUGACUGAUGAGAGGAUGUGUAUGCAGUUCUCCAUCCGCCGCCCCAAGCUGCCCUCCUCAGAAACCCACCCCGAGGAGAACACCUACAAGCGUCUUGAUGUGUCUGCCUGGCUCCAUCACCUGAAUGAGUCUGGACAGGUGGAAGAGGAGUACAAGCUGCAGAAGGCCAUUUUCUUUGGUGGGAUUGAUGUUUCCAUCCGUGGGGAGGUGUGGCCCUUCCUGCUGCACUACUACAGCUAUGAGUCCACCUCGGAAGAGAGGGAGGCACUGAGACUGCAGAAGAGGAAAGAAUACUUCGAGAUCCAGGAGAAAAGGCUCUCAAUGACUCCAGAGGAGCAGAAGGAUUUCUGGCGUAAGGUCCAGUUCACGGUGGAUAAAGACGUGGUGAGGACCGACCGCAGCAACCAGUUCUUCCGAGGGGAGGACAACCCAAACGUGGAAACCAUGAGGAGGAUCUUGCUGAACUAUGCAGUAUUUAACCCAACAAUUGGAUACUCCCAGGGGAUGUCUGAUCUGGUUGCUCCACUCCUGGCAGAGAUCCUAGAUGAGUCAGAUACUUUCUGGUGCUUUGUAGGACUGAUGCAGAACACAAUCUUCAUCAGCUCACCCCGGGAUGAGGAUAUGGAGAAGCAGCUGCUGUACCUGCGGGAGCUGCUGCGGCUCAUGCACCCACGCUUCCACCAGCACCUCUCUGCUCUGGGAGAGGAUGGCCUGCAGAUGCUCUUCUGUCACCGCUGGAUCCUCCUCUGCUUCAAAAGGGAAUUUCCAGACGCUGAGGCUCUGCGCAUGUGGGAAGCCUGCUGGGCACACUACCAGACUGAUUAUUUCCACCUCUUCAUCUGUGUGGCCAUUGUGGUGAUUUAUGGGGAUGAUGUCAUUGAACAGCAGCUGGCCACUGACCAGAUGCUGCUGCAUUUUGGCAACUUGGCCAUGCACAUGAACGGAGAACUUGUGCUCAGGAAGGCAAGGAGCCUGCUCUAUCAGUUCCACCUCUUACCUCGCAUCCCCUGCAGCCUGCAUGACCUGUGCAAGCUGUGUGGGACAGGAAUGUGGGACAGUGGCUUCAUCCCUGCUGUGGAGUGUUCAGGCCAUCACCCCGAGUCCGAGAGCUGCCCCUAUGGGGGACUGGUGGAAGUGUCUUCUCCUAAGGCAGGAAGUGAAGGCAAGAGAGGCCUGAAAACAAGAGACGUCUUCACCUUCCGAAAAUAG